AUGGCGGCCAAGAAGACCAGAGGAAGGCAGAAGAUUGAGAUGAAGAAAAUUGAAAAAGAAGAAGACAGACUGAUUACUUUCUCAAAACGUAGAUCUGGUAUUUACAAAAAGGCUAGUGAACUUGUGACUCUUACUGGGGCUGAGGUUGGAAUCUUGGUGUUUUCACCAUCAGGAAAGGCUUUUUCCUUUGGCCACCCAUCCAUUGAAGCUGUGGCAAACCGCUUCAUGGGUAUGCAAACACCGAAAGGUGACACACCCCACCCACUAUUGGAGGCUCGUCGCAAAGUGAGAAUCGAUGAAUUGAGUCAUUUUCAUAGUAACCUCCUCAACCAACUUGAUGCUGAGAAGGAGCGAGGGAAGUUGCUAAAGCGAAUAUCGGAUGGGAUAGAAACUGAGGGAUGGUGGCAAACUCCUAUUGAUCUACUUAAUGUGGAGGAGCUCCAUCAAAUGUAUGCCUCUUUAGAUGAAUUGGAGCAAAGUUUGCAAAACGAAAUCUGCCUCAAGACUAGUGUUGAUCCCGAAGCCUCUUCUUCAUCUAUGGUUCCUCUAUCAAAUCUAGACCAAACAACAAACCUUUUUCCAACGUACAAUCCAAAUGAAGCAGGCCCAUCCAACAAUUCCUUUUCUCAAGGCCCUGGUGGAUUCAUGCCAAAUUAGUUCUAAAUUACAAUCAUGCCAAUAAGACUCAUAACAUUGUUAUCUUAGUCGUUUUGUUAGAUCUCUUUGAUCAUCUUUAAUGUCUCCAUUUUAUACAUCUUUCAGUUUUAGUCAU